CUAUUUUAUAUCUCUUCUGUGAUACCAUAGUGUUUUGUAAAUAUCGAUUUUAUUCAACCAAGCAUGAUUCAAACGAAAUUUGUGUAUAUUAUUUUAAUUUUUGUAAGGAUAAAUCAAUUUCAAGAUCGAAUAUUUGAUUAUUGCACAGUUGUUAUAUUAUUUAACGUGAUAAUUACAAAUAUGGAACUAAGAAAUUUACUUCUCAUAAUUGCAUAAUCUAUAAUUAAUUAAAUUAUUGUAUUGUAGAUAAACGAGAAUAUGUUAUAAGUUUUCUAUAAUUUGAAAUACAGUAAAAAUAUUUGAAUACAGUAAAAAAUGAAUUAAUCUACUUCGAUUUUAAAAUUACCAAUGCAAUCAAAUAACAUUAGAAAACUUAAAAAUGUUACGACGAAACAGAUUGAAGAAUAGGAUGAUUGCAAUUGGUUUUCUGGUGCUGGCUGCUGUAAUUUACAAUGAAUUUUCAGUGUAUGAUAUACAAAAGUUAAAGUGGUCGACACGAGAAUGUUCAGAAUGUGUCAAGGUACUAUUUGUUGCCGAUCCUCAGAUAUUAGGAGAAAAAAAUGAAAAUUACUUUGGUUCUUGGAUAGCACGAUGGGAUAGUGACAAGUACUUAAAGAAAACAUUUUCCAAAGCAUUAGAUCACUCUAAUCCUCAUGUUGUUAUAUUUCUGGGAGAUCUCAUGGAUGAAGGUCAUAUUGCUAAUGCAGAUAAUUUUAAAGCUUAUAAAAGAAGAUUAGAUUCCAUAUUUGAAAUGCCUAAUCAUAUAAUGAAAAUUUAUCUACCUGGAGACAAUGAUAUUGGGGGAGAAGAAGAUACAAUUUCAUCCAAUAUUCACAAAAGAUUUAAUUUUGCAUAUAGUCAACCAGAUACUUUAGUUUAUAAAACAGUAACAUUUUUCAAGGUAAAUAGAUUAACUCAUACAAUACCAGAAGCACCUAAAGAUGCCUUUCUUAAUGAUUAUGCAGAACGAAAUACAACAAAUGUUGUACUUAGUCAUAUGCCUUUAUUGUUUAUGCCUGGUACCUUUGUUCAAAAUGUACUGAAAGAAUUGUCUCCCCAAAUUAUUUUUACUGCACACGAACAUAAGGCUAUGCGUAUCAGUUUAGAUACGGCGACAGACCAAUUAAGUGAGAUAUGGGUUUUACCUCCCUAUGAAACAUCAUUAUAUCAAUUAAGAAUGGAUGUAGGUGAUAUUCAUGAAUUGCAAAUACCUACUUGUUCAUAUAGAAUGGGUACUCCUCAUACUGGUUAUGGACUUGCUUAUAUUGAUACACAAGAAAAAAUAGUAGAAUUUACAAUUUUAUGGCUCCCUGGAAGAUUUCCUCAACUAUGGAUUUAUAUUUUUGUUGGGAUAUUUAUUUUAGCCUUUAGUAUUUGCAUGUGUAUUUCCAAUUAUUGUACAAAGAGUCAUACAUAUAAUCGUAUGUCUUCGAUAUAACAACAUAUAAUCAAAAAUACAUUAUUCAAAUACUUCAUAAAAUCUGAAAUAUAAUUUGACAUCAAAGAUGAGAUAAAGAUCCGUCCAAUGUAAGUGACUCUGUUACCAUCUAUGCCAAAUUUCUAAUAGAAUAAUAUGAUGAUAAUGUGAUGAUAAAAUUUCUUAUUUCAUGCCUGAAAUAAGAAAAAUUUAUUUAUUAUCAAUCAUAAUAUAAUUUAUAAAACAAUUAAUAAUAACUUUAAUAUUUAAAAAUAAAUAAUUCAUGAUUUCAUUACUUAUUUAAUUUAAUUUUAAAAUUUUAUUUAAAAUAUUUUUAUCAAAUUUUUAUUAAAAAUAUUUUAGUGCAUAUUUAUUUGUUUUUUGUUUAAAUAUGAUAAUUUUUAUUUAGAAAUUAUAAAUUUGAAUAAAAUAUUAAUUACUUUUUAAUAUUAAUAAAAUUGAAUUUAACAUAACUACUGUAUAAAAUAUUUAUCUAUGUAUUAUGCUUUAUAGCUUUAUUUUUAGUAAUUUAGUAAUAUUUAAUAUAAUGUAUAUUAAGUGCUUGCAAAAGUUCGUCAGAUUCCAAAUAAAUGGAAAUUAUUAUGAGUUGGCAAUUUUAUCUUAAUUGAGUAAGAUGCUUAUUUAUAAUUUUAAAAUUUAUCUAUAGCAUCUUGAGUAAUAAUUAAUUUUAUUUUUAUUAUAGGUAAAAGAUAAAAAGAUCACAAAUAGCCACAAGAUGAAAUUUGUUGUUUUAUGAUAAUUUCAAAUUCCAUAUUGCUAUGAAUAUUCCAUUUCUAACAAUAAUUUUCAUUAAAAAAUAUGUCAUUUUUUUAGAAAUGAAAUUGGAUAAUUUUUUAAAAGAUGGAUUGUAGAAAGAUGUAGAAACUCAUAAAUAUUUUGAUUAAAAUGAAUACAUAUGUUUUUUUCAUCGCGUGUGUAUAUUAAUUAAAUAAAUUUAAAAAUCCAACGAACUUCUGUUGACACUUGAUAAACUUAAUAUAGUUGAAAUUCAUAUAUUUCCUGUUCAAAUAUAUUAAGAGAUUGUAAUCGCUAUAUUAACAUAGCGUAAUUGUUAAUUUUUUUAGAAGAGAGUUUAUAUUUGUGUGUGAAAAUAUAUUGUCCAAAAUAAAUGUUAUUGUACACAUUAAA